AACGAUUCUGGUCAGGUAUAAGAAGUAGGUGUCUAGGUGACUCCAGCGGUAGAUGUGUAAAUCGUUGGCAUACAAGCUCCUCUUUCUGGUCAAUCAUGACAUUGCAAGCUACCUUCCUACAACAUCUAUCCACAAUUUAAGCACUGAAAAACAUCAAGUCCGCAUUGUCACGCCAGAAUGGGAUAUCCAGAUACUUUCGAGGGCUUCUGUGUUGCAGGGCCUAAGACAUGGAACCAGUUUAAGAAGCAAGAACUGACGCCCAAGCCGUUUGGGGACAACGAUAUCGACGUGCAGAUCGAGGCGUGUGGCGUGUGCGGCUCCGAUGUCCACACCAUCACGGGCGGCUGGGGUGACUACCAAGGGCCACUCUGCGUCGGCCAUGAGGUGGUCGGCAAGGCUGUCAAGGUCGGAAAGGCCGUCAGGUCCGGCAUCAAAGAGGGAGACCGUGUGGGCGUGGGGGCCCAGGUCUGGUCGUGUCUCAAGUGCCCGCAGUGCAAGACGGCAAAUGAGAACUACUGCCCACACCUCGUCGACACAUACAAUUCCCAGUACCCAGAGGAGGCAGGCGGAGGGCAGGCCCACGGCGGCUACGCCUCGCACAUCCGCGCGCAUGAAUACUAUACAUUUAAGAUCCCAGAUGCGCUGCCUCCCGCAGAUGCGGCGCCCCUUCUCUGCGCCGGUAUCACGACCUACUCGCCGCUGGUGCGUGCGGGCAUUGGGCCCGGCAAGAAGGUAGCCGUGUGCGGAAUAGGCGGGCUGGGCCACCUGGGCAUCCAGUGGAGCGUGGCUCUCGGCGCAGAGACUUAUGCGCUGACGCACUCGGCGAACAAAGUUGAUGACAUCCGCAAGAUGGGUGCCAAGGAGGCCAUCGUGACGACGGAAAAGAACUGGGCGGAGCCGUGGGCGUUCUCGUUCGACUUCAUCCUCAACUGCAGUGACAUGACCCACACGUUCGACCUGAAGUCCUACAUGUCAACGCUGCGCGUCGGUGGCGAAUUUCACAUGGUCGGGCUGCCUGAUGAGCCCCUUCCCGAGCUCCUUGCGUUUAACUUCGCCGGCAAUGCCGCGAAGCUCACUGGCAGCCAUCUCGGAAACCAUCAAGAGAUGGAGUCGAUGUUGCAGUUGGCUGCCGACAAGGGCAUCCGGCCAUGGGUGGAGACAAUCGACAUUUCCGAGGAGGGAUGUAAGGAGGCCGUCGAGCGGGUCAAGGAGAAUAAGGUGCAUUAUCGGUUUUCCCUCGUUGGAUUUGACAAGGCAUUUGGUACCACGGACUAG